AUGGGUGACACAGCUCGUGCUGACGACUCGGGCUUUCCCCCGCCCUGCGCAGAUCUGAAAGAGCCUAUUGAUAAUGGCGAGAGCCAAUCUAGCUCUCAGCAUGACAACGAACUCCCUCCUCUUACGUCGACGACUGAGCGUAGACUGAUGGCCAAGGUUGAUUGGCAUAUUCUGCCCUGUCUGUGUAUUCUGUACCUGCUUGCGUUCUUGGAUCGUGUUAAUAUCAGUAAUGCUGCUAUUCUCGGUCUUAAGGAGGAUUUGAAUAUCACCGAGGGAACGAAGUACAACAGUGCGCUCACGAUCUUUUUCGUCCCAUACAUUAUUUUCGAGGUGCCGUCGAAUAUGCUGCUAAAGAAGCUCAAGCCUCAUGUCUGGUUAUCGGCUUGCAUGUUCAUGUUUGGUCUGGUUCUGGUCUUCCAGGGUUUGGUCAGUAACUGGAGUGGAUUGAUGGCCACCCGGUUCUUCUUGGGAGUCUUCGAGACGGGCAUGUUCCCUGGAUGUUUUUACCUGAUGGGCAUGUGGUACAAGCGCUCAGAAGCCCAGAAGCGUUUCAGUUUCUUCUUCAGCUCCACCAGUCUGGCUGGUGCUUUCGGUGGUCUUCUUGCCAGUGGAAUCGGAAAGAUGGACGGUAUUCGUGGCUACGGUGGCUGGCGAUGGGUCUUCAUCAUUGAGGGCGUUUUGACCAGUGUUGUUGCUCUGAUCUUGUUCUUCUUCAUCGCCGAUUUCCCCGAGGAUGUGAAGUGGCUCAACGAGGAAGAGCGCACCUUCAUGCGCGCCAAGUUGGCCAAGGAUGUGGGUAAGGCUGCUCAUCAUGUUCGCAUGGGCAAGAAGGAGGUUCUGGGCGUUUUCAAGGACUACAAGAUCUUCAUCGGAGGCUUGAUGUACUUCGGUCUGAUCGUCCCUGCCUACAGUUACGCCUACUUCGCUCCUACUAUCAUUAAGUCUUACGGAUACGAUUCUAUCAAAACUCAGCUCUACUCCAUCCCUCCUUGGGCUGUCUCCUUCGGUGUCUCAAUGAUCAUCGCAUUCUUCUCCGAUAGAAUGCAUCAGCGAUUCGCAUUCACGAUGAUACCAAUGGCCAUUGCAAUUGCCGGAUUUGCAAUGCUUCUUACAAUCACCAGCAAAGCUCAAACAGAUGCCCAGUAUGGUGCUCUCUUCCUCGUCACCAGCGGCUGCUACAGCGCCAUGCCUGUCAUCGUAUGUUGGUUCGCUAUGAAUUUAGGUGGUCAUCACAGACGCAGCGUGGGAACUGCUUGGCAGAUUGGCUUCGGCAACAUCGGUGGUAUCAUUGCGACAUGGUCUUUCGUGGAGAAGAAUGGUAAGACCGACUAUCGAACCGGUUACAUCAUUUCUCUCUCCUUCGUCUGCUUCUCUGUCGCAGCUUGUGUUGCCUAUCUCAUUGCGAUUAUGUGGGAGAACAAGAAGCGUGAUCGUGCUCCAGUUGAUGUUGCUUCGAUUGGCGAGGAAGAGGAGGAGUACCUCGGUGAUUUGGCUCCUACCUACCGCUACGCAUACUGA